AUGACAAAGACACGCAUUGUAUUUGAUGCAUCAGCUAAGCAUGGUGGUGUUUCAUUAAACGACAUGAUUCAUUGUGGCCCUAAACUUCAGAAUGAGCUCUUUAAUGUACUACUUAGAUUCAGAAGAAACAGUGUGGCGCUAGUGUGUGACAUUGCAGAAAUGUAUCUUCGAAUAAAGGUUCCACUGGAAAAUAGACCCUAUCAGCGAUUUUUGUGGCGUGACAUGAUGUUAGAUGCGAGACCAGAUGUGUAUGAAUUUAGCAGUGUUGUGUUUGGGAUAAAUUCGUCACCAUUUCAAGCACAGCUUGUCGCACAGACACAUGCUGAGAUAAACAGAGAAAAUUAUCCCAUGGCUGUAGAAACUGUUAUGAAAUCCACAUACAUGGAUGACAGUAUGGAUUCUGUAUCGAGUGAGGAAGAUGGGGUUAAGCUCUACUCACAGUUAUCAGCAUUAUGGAGAAAAGCUGGUAUGUAUGCCAGAAAGUGGUUGUCAAAUUCAGUGAGUGUAUUGAAGCAUAUUCCACCAGAGGAUGUUGUUCCUGAAGUGGAUCUGCAUGAUAACAGCCUACCAUCAGUGAAAACCCUUGGAGUGUUAUGGAAAGCUAAAGAUGACAUUUUUACCUUCAAAGCAAGUCCACCCGAGGGUGAUUUUGACUAUACAAAGCGUAACUUUCUGCGAAAAAUUGCAAUGCUGUUCGAUCCUUUGGGUUUUCUUGGACCAUAUAUAAUACGAGCUAAAAUUCUACUGCAAGAAAUGUGGACCGCAGGUCUUGAUUGGGAUGACCCACUAAGUGAUGGACUUGUAACGAAAGCUGAGAAGUGGUUUAAUGAAUUAACAGAGCUAUCACUUAUUUCGGUACCGAGAUGUCUUCGUCUGUGUCAUGGUGAAGUUGUAUCUACUUACCUACAUACCUUUGUUGAUGCAUCACAAGAUGCAUAUGGUGCUGUAGUUUAUCAGAGAUGUAUCUAUCAUCAUGGAAGUGUGUCAGUUAGAUUCGUCACAGCAAAAUCCAAAGUGGCACCACUAACAGCAGUAAGCAUACCUAGAUUGGAAUUGAUGGGUGCAGUUUUGGGAACCAGACUGACUCUAUCUGUCACAAGUGCCUUAGAAUUGGACAUUGAACAGUGUUCAUUUUGGACUGACAGCAUGAAUGUUUUGUGUUGGAUCAAAGCUCGAAGCAGAAGUUUCAAGCCAUUUGUAGCGAAUCGCAUAGGAGAAAUGCAGUCGGCUUCAAAUCCAAAGCAAUGGUUUUAUGUGCCAACUGAAUUAAAUCCUGCAGAUAUGAUUUCGAGGGGACUGUCUGUUUCACAGUUACAAGAAGAUGACGUCUGGUGGAGUGGACCACACUAUCUUCAUCUGGAUGAAUCUCAUUGGCCAAAACAGAAAGUCGAAAUGCAAGACACUGAUAUGGAGAAAAAGAAGUCGAACAAGGAAGUUGUCAAUUUUUCAUAUUCGUUCUUAACAGAAACAGUUGACUGUAAAGAUAUUCAGUGUUGUUUAAACCCGGAAACUUAUUCCAGCUGGAUACGACUUGUCAGAGUUCAAGCAUGGGUCAAUCGCUUUCUACACAAUUGCAGACUGAAGAUCAAGGACAGACUUCCAGGAGAAUUGAAUGCAGAAGAAAUUGAAGAGGCAGAAACUCAAAUCAUUAGGACUGCCCAGAAAUGCGAGUUUCAUUGUGAAUACAGAUUACUGAAACAAAACAAACCUCUCCAACAUAACAGCAAGUUAUUGUGUUUGAACCCAGUGAUUGAUGAAGACGGACUUUUGAGAUGUGAUGGACGAUUGAAAUAUGCAGAAUUCUUACCUUAUGAUGUCAGGUAUCCUAUCAUUCUUCCUCGAAACAAUUGUGUCACAACUCUCAUCUUCAAGUACUACCAUGAAAAAGGAAAACAUGUAACGGGAACAAAUCAUACUCUAUCUAUGAUUUCGUCACGUUUUUGGAUUAUAUCCGCAAGAGAGGAAAUUCGGAAAUGGGAGCGACAGUGCAAGAAAUGUUGUCGCAACAAGGCCAAACCAGCAGAGCAACUGAUGGGUCCUCUUCCAUCAAUUCGCACCAAACAACCAUUGCAUGCAUUUUCUCGUACUGCAGUAGAUUACGGAGGACCUUUUAUUACAAAACAAGGACGAGGAAAACGAAGAGAGAAAAGAUACUUAUGUCUUUUUACGUGUGUGAUGUCAAGGGCAGUGCACCUGGAGUUAGCCUUUGGACUUGACACAGAUUCAUUCCUUAACACAUUUUACCGAAUGGUGAGCAGAAGAGGCCUACCAAAAGAAGUUAUAUCUGAUAAUGGAACUAAUUUUGUCGGAGGCAACAAUGAGCUCAAAGAACUUGUUGGUUUAUUGGACCACAGAAAAAUUCAACAGUCUACAGCAAACCUUGGAGUCAUGUGGCACUUUAAUCCGCCACUUGCACCUCACUUUGGAGGUGUCCAUGAAAUAAUGAUUAAAGCAGCAAAGAGAGCUAUCUAUGCAGUGAUCGGAUCAGCAGAUGUUACAGAUGAAGAACUCAUGACGGCGUUUGUAGGAGCUGAAGCGUUGAUCAAUUCCAGACCCUUAACUUACCAAUCAGCAAACCCUAACGAUGAUGUUCCAUUGACACCAAACCAUUUCCUGCAUGGGCAGGUUGGAGGUCAGUUUGCACCAGAAACUGUAGACACCACAGAGUUCAACCCACGGAAACGUUGGAGAAGAAUACAGGAGCUUGUACGACACUUCUGGCACCGAUGGAUGCGUGAGUGGUUACCAGGAUUGAAUGUGCGUAAAAAAUGGACUCAAACUCGCAGAGAUAUAUGUAAAUGUGACAUUGUGCUUGUCAUUGAACCUAAUGUACUUAGGGGACAUUGGCAACUAGGUCGUGUUUUGGACGUUCAUUCUGGCAAAGAUGGGCAUGUGCGAAUUGCAGUGGUUAAGGUUGGACCAAAGACAUUUACGCGCCCAAUAACCAAAUUGUGUCCAUUGGAAUUUAGUGACUAG